GUAUACAAAGGCAGGCAGAAGCUACCCUUCCUCGCCGGAGUCGGAUAUCAACGAGUACAAGAAUGUCUGUGUCCAACAAGGAUUCUUGAGGCCGUCUGGAAGCAGACUUGUGUGCAAGAUGUCCACGAACUUUGGAGACCCACGCUUGGUUCUUCGGCCGCUCAAGUUAGAGGUACUGUCGCUCAAGCCACGAGUGGUGGUCAUCAGCGACUUCCUCUCCCCAUCGGAAGUGCACUUCAUUCGAUCAGCGGCGCAGAAGGGAUUCGAGCGUGCAGGAAUUUAUUCCCCGACUGCCGUUGAGGGAAUGCCAAGCUGGAAACGGAUCGGCAAGGUGUCCUGGCUCUGGGACUCCGAGCACAACUUUCUGCAGCGCCUCUCUCGGCGCAUUGAGGUCACUACUGGUGUGUCGCUGGAAUCUGCCGAGGCGUAUCAGGUGGCAAACUACGGCAUCGGCGGACACUACACGCCCCACAUGGACGCCCACGGGUUCGACAAGGUGGCCGACGACGUGGACAUUAGGGACGGCAACCGACUGGCCACCAUGCUCAUGUACCUCACAGACGUCGCUGCGGGUGGAGCAACAGCGUUCGUCAAGCUGGGCGUCGCGGUGAAGCCGCGCGUCGGCGACGCCCUCUUCUGGUACGACGUGGAACCGUAUGACGGGAGCGAGUUCCCCACUCAGCUUUCUUUCUGGCACCAGAAAAGGAGGGCGGACGAGCUCACGACGCACGUCGGCUGUCCCGUUCUGUCGGGCUCCAAGUGGAUCGUGACCAAGUGGAUGCACGAGCGAAACAACCUCGUCGUGCACUACAACACGCCCGGCUGACGCCAUGGUCACGUCCGCCUAAUAAA